AAAUUCUGCAUAAUAUCACAAAACCCUAAUUUUCGGUUUGUUUCCAGAGAAUCUGCAGGAAAAGAGAAGAGAAGGAAAAAAAAUUUGAUAGUGGGCGGUGGCCUAAGAUUGAAACAAUGGAAGAGCUUUUUGUGUUUAUACUUUCUAUGCUUCUUGUCAUUGCAUUAAUUCCGCUGUACUUAUGGAAGAGGCGUCAAGAUUCUCGAUCAUCUAAUGAACAUGAGGAAGAACAUCAGGUUCAACAAAGGGAAACUGUUGUACGGGCAACUGGUGCUCGUAGGAUGCGUCGACGACCAGCCUCUGGUGCAAGCACAUCAUCGGCCCCAACAGCAACUGUAGAAGAAACCGUUGAUGAAAGUGAUGAGGAUGUUGCUGUUGAUGAGUAUGAAGGUAAACAUUCAAAGAAAAGAGAGAGGAAACGCCAAGAGCGGGAAGCACAGCGACAGGCCGACGAAGCUGCACGUGAGUCAAGGCUAACAAAACAAGACAGAUAUGCAGAAAUGAGGAGGAGGAAGGAUGAGGAGCGCGAAGCAAAGGAGCGCCAGCUUGAAGAAGAAGCUAAAGCUCAAAAGGCCAAGGAGGAUGAAGCAGCUGCAUUGGAGUUUGAGAAGUGGAAAGGAGAUUUUUCUGUUGAUGCAGAAGGUACAACAGAAAAUGAAAUGCAAGAUGGAAAUCAGGGGUUGCUUGUGGAUUUUGUGGAAUACAUAAAGAAACAGAAAUGCGUGCCCUUGGAAGAUCUUGCUGCAGAAUUUAAGUUGCGAACUCAGGACUGUAUUAAUCGGAUAACCUCCCUGGAAAAUAUGGGUCGACUCUCUGGUGUCAUGGAUGAUAGAGGAAAAUUCAUAUACAUCUCACAAGAAGAAAUGCAUGCUGUUGCUGACUAUAUCAAGCGUCAGGGGCGGGUUAGCAUCUCACACCUAGCUAGUAAGUCCAACCAGUUCAUUGAUUUGGAGCCAAAAGCACAGGUUGUUGAUGAUAUCAGUGGUGUAGAGGAGAUGGCUGUCACUUGACUCGGUAUAGAACCCUAGUUUUAUGUUGUAAUACAUACAGAAACAAUAUGCCAAGUGCAUGAUGUUGAAUAGGAGCAGAAUUUGAAUCAAUUUUGUAUAGAUGGAUUCACAUGAUAAGCUUUAGAAAAAGGGUGUGAAGCUGUCACACAUUUGCAGGCAAUGGAAUUUUGUAGAUUGGGCAUUUAAGCA